UAUGUGAAGCGGUAUCCACAGCUUAUGAUUAAAAAAAAAAAUCCAUUGUUUAGGAAUUGUUGUAGAACUUAAAAACGAAGAAGAGGAGGAAUCUGGCCGUCUUAUUCUUCCUAUUCAAAGAUGAGAAAUUUCCCUCCAAUGACAGUUUAUAGUUAAAACUAUGAGACAUGAGAACAACAAAAUUGCAUCAAAACCCACGGCACUUUCCAAACGACCUUCCACAACAAAUCAUUGGAAUUACAGAAGCAUUAGCCAAGAACAAUUCGAACCCAAAUCAACCCAGUUGGUCUUACAUCAUAAGAAACCAUCUUUCUCAAGGAAAUCCCAAACAAGUGCUUUCUUUAUACACCCAAAUACGCCAAAACGGACUACACAUUUUAGGCCUGGUUCCUUUGAUUUUCAAGGCAUGUGCUUCUGCUUCAACCCAAACUUAUGGGAAAUCUUUGCAUGCCGAAUCAAUCAAAGCUGGGGUAGCCAUUGAUUUACACACUGCCUCGUCAUUGCUGAAUAUGUAUUCGAAAUGCGGCAACCUGGCUGAUUCCCGGAAGGUGUUUGAUGAGAUGCCUGAACGAAAUGUGGUGACAUGGAAUGCGAUGAUUGCUGGGUAUUUGAAAAACGGGGAUAGGGAUUCUGCAUUGGAUUUGUUUGAGAAGAUGUCAAUUAGAAGAAAUUCAGUGACUUGGAUUGUGAUGAUUGAUGGGUUUGCAAAGAGUAGAGAUACUUUAAAAGCAAGGCAUUUUUUUGAUAAAGUUCCAUUGGAGUUGGGAAAUGUGGUGACUUGGACAGUGAUGGUUGAUGGGUAUACUGCAAAUGGUGAAUUAGAGGCUGCAAGGGAACUCUUUGAGAUGAUGCCUGCAAGGAAUUUCUUUGUUUGGUCAUCCAUGAUUUCUGGGUAUUGUAAGAGAGGUGAUGUUAAGGAAGCAAGGUAUAUUUUUGAUAGAAUCCCUGUUAGGAAUUUGGUGAAUUGGAAUUCAUUAAUUUCAGGUUAUGCACAAAAUGGGUUUUGUAAGGAAGCUUUGGAAAUGUUUAGGAAAAUGCAAAGUGAAGGUUUUGAACCUGAUGAAGUUACUAUCACAAGUGUUUUAUCUGCUUGUGCACAAUUAGGUGAAUUAGAUGUUGGAAAAGAAAUCCAUUAUCUUAUUAAGGGUAAGGGACUGACGGUUAAUCAGUUUGUUUUGAAUGCAUUGUUGGAUAUGUAUGCAAAGUGUGGAGAUUUAGCCCAUGCAAGAUUGAUCUUUGAAGGAAUGGGUUAUAGGACAAGCUCCUUCUGGAAUUCUAUGAUCUUAGGUUUUGCUAUUCAUGGACAGAGCAAAGAGGCUCUUGAGUUUUUUAGAAGGAUGGAAGAGUUGAAUGAGAUGCCAGAUGACAUUACUUUCCUUUCUCUUCUAUCGGCUUGUGCCCAUGGGGGAUUUGUAGACGAAGGGUUAGAUAUCUUCUCCAAGAUGGAGACCUACGGCUUGGUAGCAGGCAUCAAACAUUAUGGCUGCUUGGUAGACCUACUGGGGCGCGCCGGAAGAUUGAAAGAAGCUUUCGAUUUAAUCAAGAGAAUGCCUAUUAAGCCGAAUGAUGUAGUUUGGGGGGCUUUACUUGGAGCUUGCCGGAUUCAUUUGGAUACAGACAUGGUAGAAAAGGUGAUGCAAGAGAUUGGCAGAGUGGAUCACGGCAUGGAUUCCGGAAAUAGUUCACAUUAUGUGCUGCUGUCAAAUAUUUAUGCAGCUUCAAACAGAUGGGAAAAGGCUGAAAAAAUGAGGAUGGCCAUGGUGAAUGAGGGGUUUCAAAAGAUUCCAGGCCUCAGUUGGCAAAUUAGUUCCCACCAACUUUGAUCCAAUAAGCCACCAACCCUCUUGAACUAUGAUGGACCAUGCAGCGAUAAUGCAAAUUCCAAAAUAGUAGAAAAUAAAUUUAAAACUUAAACUCAAUUUAUUUAUAUAUAAUAAUGAU